AUCAACUUCAUCUCGGCUUGCGAUGAUUGCAUUGCACAAUGAACGUGAAAACACUGGGACGAGCCUUUGUACGACGACAUGAGCUCUUCCGCCGUAAUCCGGCCAUGGGAAACUCUCGUCGCUUACUCCACCUCGCGCCCCCGUUCCUCCUUGAGGACUACAUGCCUAGGUACAUGACAUUGUCUUCCAUCGAUGAAUCCAAGAAGCGAUCCAAGGCCUACGCUCAUCUUUCCAACUGCAAUCUAUGUCCGCGGCUAUGCGGGGUCAACCGCUUUGAAAAGACUGGAAUGUGCCUGGUUGGCGACAACACGAAGGUCAAUGUGAUUGCGCCGCAUUUCGGUGAAGAACCAUGCAUCCAGGGACACAAUGGCAGCGGCGCCGUAUUCUUCUCGGGCUGCAACCUCCGCUGCGUCUUCUGCCAGAACCAUGAUAUCGCCCAUCAGCGCAACGGCCAGGACCUGACGCCUGAGGAGCUGGGCGAAUGGUACAUCAAGCUGCAGCAAGUCGGCCGCGUCCAUAACAUCAACCUCAUCACCCCGGAACACGUUGUUCCCCAGGUUGUGCUCAGUAUCCUACAUGCGAAGGAGCUAGGCCUGAGGGUUCCAAUCAUCUACAACACUUCCAGCUUUGACUCGCUGGCUUCCCUUGAACUGCUCGAUGGCUUGGUGGAUAUUUACCUCCCCGACUUCAAGGUAUGGGAGGCGGCCACUUCCAAGCGCCUUCUGAAGGCGGAUGACUAUGCAGCCACCGCACGCGAGAGCAUCAAGGCGAUGCACAAACAGGUCGGCGACCUGUGCUUUACCGGGGACGGCAUCGCCAAAAAGGGCCUCCUUGUGCGGCACCUGGUAAUGCCCGGAAAAGAAGCAGAAGGCCAACGGAUCAUGAAGUUCCUGGCUGAGGAGGUCUCCAGGGACUGCUUCGUCAACAUCAUGGAGCAAUACCAUCCGGAUGCUCAUGUCGGCAAGCCCAAGAGGCGCACAAAGGACGACACCGAAGACCAGGGCGCGGUGCGGUACAACGAGAUCAAUAGGGCAGUGUCAGGAGACGAGGUUUCGUCGGUGCGUAGGGCCGCAGAGGCAGCUGGUCUGUGGCGCUUCUGCGAUCCUCCCAGACACGACGGCUUUAACAUCUGAGAUAACGUCCCUUGCGUUAGCAUGCAGCCGUGGUAUACCUCUGCAUCUGGGACGGGAGCGGUUUGCCAAGUUGGUGGAACACCCCUAGACGUUACGGUCAGCUGCAGAUGCAGCAGCGGAGCCUCCCAAGCAAGGGGCUCGCUCGGAUUGCACUGGCGAUACGACCAAAGUGCACAGCAACUGCAGGUAUGAUUACGGUUGGCGAUUCGAGUGUAUCAUAUGUCAUACCAUUCUAUCAUGGCACAAUUCUCUGGUUGGUGUUCAGGUUCAGAAGUACGAUUAAGCAACUCCAUACUCCUCGGAGAGUUAUCGAUCUGACGGGAGAUGAAUGUGCCGUCUCACCAUGCAAACCCAGGAGGAGAAGUAGGACACCGCGGAUGUCUUUCCAGCUUGCCCCAUUCAAGGCGAACCUCUCAUUGUCUAAGAGGCACCGAUCAGCUUGGAGCUCCAGCUGCCAUG